CGGCUCGGGGUUGACAUUAAGAAGAGCGCUUCCAUGCUUCAGCGGGGAGAUACGGCGUGAUCUAAAGACACUGAUACUCAGAUUGAACUGGUUCCGGGCAGAUACUCAUCAGACCGAGGAUACAUGGAUGGACAGAGAAAUACUGCAAUCGGAAUUAACUUGUCAGUCGGUGCGAGGAAUUUCUGGAUAUAAUGGGGAAUACGACACCCAAACCUUUAAUAGAUGCGACUCUGCAACCCCGCCCGGUGGCCAGCAGGCAGUACUACACCCUGCCUAACAAUGGGGCAUGUGUGGAGAGAAGAACGUCUGCUGCUCCGGUCAGCCUCAGCGUGGAGUCACCCCGCUUUCACCCCCACGCCAAAGGCAAGAAUAUCAGGCUGGAUGGGCAGCUUCGCCGUGCCACACGCAAGAACAGCUUCUGUAAUGGCAUCACUUUCAUCCACAGGCCUGUCCACCUCUAUGAGAAGGUGCGUCUUCGGCUGAGUGGCGUGCACACUGGCUGGAGUGGAGCUCUUCGCUUUGGUUUCACCAGUUUGGACCCCGGCGAACUGGUCGCUACAGACAUCCCCAAGUAUGCUUGCCCAGACCUGGUGACACGGCCCGGAUACUGGGCCAAAGCUCUGCCUGAGAGGCUGGCCUUGAAGGACAAUGUGUUGUCCUUCUGGGCGGAUCGUCACGGAAGAGUUUUCUACAGCAUCAACGAAGGAGAACCCAUCCUCUUCCACUGUGGGCUCAGCAUUGGCUGUCCACUCUGGGCCAUCAUAGAUAUCUAUGGCAUCACUCAGGAGGUCACUCUGCUUGAAAGCACGUUUGCUGAGAGUGUGGCAUCAAGCUGCCUGAGUGCGGCACGCCUGAGUGCCUAUCUGCCCCAGAGUAGCCAUGACUCAGCCAAUUACAGCAACAAUCAACUGGAGAACAACCAGGCUGCUGCAGCCAAGAUGGCCAACCUCCAGCUAAAUAACUAUCCCCAGCUCAUUCCCUGCUGCUCCUCCACCUCCUCCUCCUCCACACCGUCCUCCUCUGCCACCACUGGAUUCGGCACCCCGAGGUUGGUCCGGGGCCUUCCUUCCCCGCUGGACAAUGACUUGCACUUUCACCCCGUCCGUGGCUCUGAUGUAAUACUCUCAGCAGACCGCUCAGCUGCCUGCAUCCACUUUCUGGACAGCAGUCGGACUCUGGUGUUCAGUGACCGGCCGCUGCAUGUGGGUGAGACUUUGUACGUGGAAGUCGGCCACCUAGGCCUGCCGUACUUUGGGGCGCUGUUGUUCGGUGUAACAUCAUGUGACCCGGCAAGUCUACACGCCGGGGACUUACCAGCAGACCCUGAGGUUCUCCUGGACCGUAAAGAGUAUUGGGUGGUGCACCGGGGCUUCCCCAUGCCCUGCUCUGGAGAUGUGCUCAGCUUCACUCUGCUGCCCAGCGGAGAGGUGCACCACGGGGUGAACGGAGUGGGGCGUGGCAGGCUGCUCUGUGUGGACUCCUCUCAGGUCCUGUGGGCCUUUUUCACCCUGCAUGGGGCUGUCAACAGACUCAGGAUACUAGGAACACUGCAGUCCAGUCCUCCCUCCACCUCCCCCAGCACCUCUCAGAGCAGCAGUCCGGACGACAGUGACUCAGACCUGGCGUUCAGUGUCAACAGAUCCUCCUCCGCCUCUGAAUCCUCUCUGGUGACUGCUCCCAGCUCCCCUCUCAGCCCUCCGGUCUCUCCCACCCUCUCCGCCUUAGAACUGCCCUCUGCUGGAAAAAGCGGAGAAUGCAGCAUUUGCUUCGACCAGGACGUGGACACAGUCAUCUACACCUGUGGACACAUGUGUCUGUGCAACGACUGUGGGCUGAAGCUGAAGAGACAGAUCAACGCGUGUUGUCCGAUAUGCAGGAGGCCUAUUAAAGAUGUGAUCAAAACAUAUCGGCCAUGAUGGUCCAGAUGUGCAAAGAGUCGCUGUGACUUCCACUGCUGGAUGCCACCUGUGUCCCCUUCUCAGGCUUGCUUGGACACGGAUAUUGAACCCAAUUGGAGAUUAGCUACACCAGGACAUAAUUGUGCUUCUAUCUCCAUUGUAUAUGGGUGAAUCAUUUCUGGAGACUAUAAUCUUCAUACAAAGAACUGUGAUGGAGCUCAUCUUAAUACAUAGACUGAUACAUGAGCUCCUAUGUUUUGGCUGAAAAAGAAGAGAUGAAUCAUGUGCUCCCUUUUGUAUUUUCAAUGUGAUGUCUCUUACGUCACAUGUUAUUUGCUGAGCAGAAAAGCCUGCUGUGAAUAUUUUGUCCUUACCCGCGCUGUUCUAGAUUUAUGUGCGCUUCAGCAGAAUAUGUGGACCGUAGUCUAUGACUUCUUGUGCCUUAGAUUUGUGUCACUUUUUGUGUCCAAGAAACGAUGCUAAUAAUCCUAGCCAUAGUUUUAAUGUACAGUACUGAAAGCAUGUGGUGAAUAAAGGCACACAGACACAGGAUUUAUGCAAUAAAAGGUGUAAUAGUAAGUGGAAAGAUGUACCUGUAUGGUAAAUGUGUUUAGUGUUUGGAAAGUACAGAAUUAAGAAUCUGGUUUUGCACUUUGAGAGAUCAAUAAAAGUGUGAUUAAAA